AUGACCAAUGGUGAAUGUGACAAGAGAGGUGUUCACGAAAUCCGCGAGAUCAGACAGUUUCACUUCACUGGCUGGCCGGAUCACGGGGUACCCUAUCAUGCCACAGGGCUGCUGGGGUUCGUCCGGCAGGUCAAAUCCAAGAGCCCGCCCAACGCAGGCCCGUUGGUGGUGCACUGCAGUGCUGGCGCAGGGAGGACCGGCUGUUUCAUCGUGAUCGAUAUCAUGUUGGACAUGGCAGAAAGGGAAGGCGUGGUUGACAUCUAUAACUGCGUGCGGGAGCUGCGGUCACGGAGGGUGAACAUGGUGCAGACAGAGGAGCAGUAUGUGUUUAUCCAUGAUGCCAUCCUGGAAGCCUGUCUUUGUGGUGACACCUCGGUCCCUGCUUCCCAAGUUAGGUCUCUGUAUUAUGACAUGAACAAACUGGAUCCACAGACUAACUCCAGCCAGAUUAAAGAGGAGUUCCGGACCCUGAACAUGGUGACGCCGACCCUGCGCGUGGAAGACUGCAGCAUCGCGCUGCUGCCCCGGAACCACGAGAAGAACCGCUGCAUGGACAUCCUGCCCCCGGACCGCUGCCUGCCCUUCCUCAUCACCAUCGACGGGGAGAGUAGCAACUACAUCAACGCCGCCCUCAUGGACAGCUAUAAACAGCCUUCGGCUUUUAUAGUCACCCAGCAUCCUUUGCCAAACACAGUGAAAGACUUCUGGAGACUGGUCCUGGAUUAUCACUGCACAUCUGUGGUUAUGCUAAAUGAUGUGGAUCCUGCCCAGUUGUGUCCGCAGUACUGGCCAGAGAACGGAGUUCACAGACAUGGCCCCAUCCAAGUGGAAUUUGUUUCUGCUGACUUAGAAGAAGACAUCAUCAGCAGGAUAUUCCGGAUUUAUAACGCAGCCAGACCCCAAGAUGGAUAUCGGAUGGUGCAGCAAUUCCAGUUCCUGGGCUGGCCCAUGUACAGGGACACGCCGGUGUCCAAGCGCUCCUUCUUGAAGCUUAUUCGCCAAGUGGAUAAGUGGCAGGAAGAAUACAAUGGUGGUGAAGGCCGCACAGUUGUGCACUGCUUGAACGGGGGAGGCCGUAGUGGGACGUUCUGCGCCAUCAGCAUCGUCUGUGAGAUGCUCCGGCACCAGAGGACGGUGGACGUCUUCCACGCGGUGAAGACGCUGAGGAACAACAAGCCCAACAUGGUGGACCUCCUGGAUCAGUACAAGUUCUGCUACGAGGUGGCUCUGGAAUACUUGAAUUCUGGCUGAUGGCAUAAACAGCUCUGCACACCAACCCCUUCAUCUCACAAAGCCAAGACGUUCCAUGGUAUUUGUGUUGAUGAGAUGAAGACUUCUCAAUAUGCUUAUUUUGCUUUGCAUAAUUGGCUCUUUUUAAGAGCCCAAGAAAGUGUUUCUAAAACUGCUUUGCACUGCCCAAUUCCCAGCAAUGCUGCUGCCUGACGGAAAACCACACACAGCAGAGUCGUCAAAUACUGUCCUCCUAGGCGUCGGCUUGUUAGAGCAGUGUAGACAUCUGGUAAACCGAAGAGCACAAUUAUAUUCUUAUGAAGGAGUUUGUACCUUUGGAGUAUUAUUUUGUGGCCCGUGAACCUUUGUUAUUGUUACGGCUGAGUGUACAUUUUUGUUUUGUGGAGAAUGCUACCUGGCAUCAUGAUAAUAUAUUAUUUUAGUUAAUAUUUGUAUUUUAACAUGUUGCAUAGUAUAAGCUUAUGUACCUUUCCAGGACUAACCGAUAAACGUAUAAUGAACAAAGAUAUGUUGUAUGAGUUGUUGUUUCUAUCAGAUUUGUAUUGUUUCCAAGGGAAAAGCUUGGAAGAAGUCAGUUCAAAAAUGCAAAGCUCGAUGAUCAGAUUCACAGAUCCAAAGCUCUUCCCUUUGUUUAUAUUGUAAAUAUUUUUGAUUUCAUCAAAUUAUUUAUUCAUUAAAAGAAAUUUUUGUGAAGCACAGUGAAUGACAAUCAUUUUUAUGAAGCGCAGGAAAUGACUGAUUGUAUGAUGUGACCUUGUGUGAAUUCUUUCUCAAUAAAUAAAGACCCAUGA